GAGAGAGAGAGACUGCAAAAUCCGCCAAACCUCGCUGGCGCGCGGAUCCUACCUUCUGUCCACCAUUCACCAGUCAGCUUUUUGGAAAGGCGGGAAGAAUCGCAGCGGCAUUCGUGCACUGCUGGGUUCCGUCCACCAGGGGGCAGGUGAGUCUAGCGACAGGCUCAUGACUCCUAUCACUCCCGCCCAGAUGAGCUCGUGCAGCAGCCGGGCCCUCACGCUGCUGUCCUCGGUUUUCGGGGCCUGCGGCCUGCUGCUGGUGGGCGUGGCCGUCUCCACCGAUUACUGGCUCCUGAUGGAGGAGGGCAUCGUGCUGCAGCAGAACCAGAGCCUGGAGGUCAAGAUGGCUCUGCACUCCGGCCUGUGGAGGGUCUGCUUCGUGGCCGGAACAGAGAAAGGGAGAUGCGUGGCGUCAGAAUAUUUCACCGAACCAGAAAUCGAGAUUACGACAGAAAACACAGCAAACAUUCUAAAGAUGGUGAGGACAGCCACACCCUUCCCCAUGGUGUCCUUGCUCUUCGUUUUCACCGCCUUCGUCAUCAGCAACAUCGGCCACAUCCGACCGCAGCGGACCAUCCUGGCCUUCGUCUCGGGCAUCUUCUUCAUCUUGUCAGGGCUGAGCCUGGUGGUGGGGCUGGUGCUCUACAUCUCCACCCCCUUGCUCAGGUACCGCCGCGAGCCCGAGCAGUUCUUCCACUACCACUACGGCUGGUCCUUCGCCUUCGCCGCCAGCUCCUUCCUGCUGAAGGAGGGAGCCGGGGUGAUGUCGGUUUACCUCUUCAUGAAGCGUUACGCUGAAGAGGAGAUGUACCGGCCUCAUCCCGCUCUUUAUCGCCCCCGGCUGUCCGAGUGCAGCGACUACAGCGGGCAGUUCCUGCACCCGGAGUCCUGGCCCCCCCCGCAGAGGGGCCGCAGCGCCUCCGAGGUCUCCAGCGACAUCUCCAUCCAGCUGAACCAGACGCCUCCGCCCCCGCCCAAAAGCAACCCCCAGCAGAGCCUCCCCCCCGGGGUGAUGGGGGCCUCCUCGGGCUCCUCGUCUGGCAUCAGUUACCAGCUGCCCCCUCCCUCCUCUUACCCCCACACCCACACCCUGCACUCCGCCCACACCCUCUCCCACGCCGCGGCCUCCAUGAGCAAUCCCCAGUCCCUGCCCCUCGCCAUGCCCCCCUCCGCCGUGCCCCCGCCCCGCUACCACACGCACCUCCGGAUGAGCGCCUCGCCCUGCUAGAAGAAAAGGAGUGAAGGAGGAGGGGAGGCGUGCCAUGGAUGAAGUGCAAUACAUUUUUUUCCCCACAGACACAUGCAUUUACACAGAGACAGAGGGGAGAGGGAUUUGGGGGGGGGGUCUUAAGCAAGGCAGAGGUUGAAGGGGAGAAGGACAGAGAUUGAUAACCGAUAGAGAGUAGAAGAUGAUGACAUGCAACUCCACUAAAUGUACGCUGCAUACAGUGUUUGGGGCUGGAGGGCCUAGUGUAACAUGCUACAACAGCAAAAAAAAAGACAGUGGAGAAACUGAAAGGAAAUCAGAAAGGCAAACUAGUGAAAAGAAGUGGGGGAGGGGGAGAGAGGUAGAGAGCAAUGAAGACAGUUACAGAAAUAUAAAGGGCAGUGGUGGUGGGAGUAGCUUUACAUGACACAUGAAAUGCAAAACACACACACCAUUUUACACAAAAAAAAUGAAUAUGCAUAUAGACAUAUGCAUAUAUGGUAUGCAAACCGACUAUAGUUAUUACCUUUAUUGUUAAUAUUAUGAAUUUAAUCAUUUCUUCCCUGAACUCUGAAAAAUAUCUUACUUCCACUUUCACUCUUUCUCUGAUGAGAAUUAUUAUUAUUAUUAUUGUUAUUAUUAUUAUUAUUAUUGACUGUGAUUUCUUGAAUAGAAAAUACUGACAUUGGGAAAAGUGACAGGUAUGCUGCAAGUUAGUUUCAAGAUAAUGUUCCUUGAUGCCAAAUUUCCCAAUAAUUUUGAGUAAAAGUUCAUAUUUCCACAAGCUAUGCGGAUCCAGCACUGUGUUACAUGUUUACAUUAGAGUGUAACUUUUUUGCUAGCAUAAAACAUGUUAAUCGAAAUAGAAUGUUACCAUGUUUCCCUCAUUGUAAUGAUAAUAAUAAUAAUAAUAAUAAUAAUAAUAAUAAUAAUGAUUAUACCAGCAUCCUUCAGAACGAAGAGCAAAUUAAAAAUGGAAUGAAAGUUGAAAGUAAGAAAAAGAGGCAGAAAGAUUUUUUUUUAAAUGAAUGCAUACAGUGUACACUAAUUCUAUCUCUAGUUUAAUGAAAAAAUAUUUUGAAAAACAUAAAGAGAAUACAAUUACAUUUAAUAAAGUAAAGAAUUUCUAACGUAAAUGAAUCUGCAUAUAGUUAAAAAUGUUGUACAUAAUAAGUUCAUGUAAAUAGGUACUAAAGUACUAAUGGCACAGGCAGAAGGAUAUACUGACUGACUGGUACAUCAACUUGAAUUAAAAGGUCAUAUUACUGUGCAGUCUCUCUGAAAUACAUGUGUGCAAUAUGUUGUGUUCUGAGGCAAUAAUGGCAUAUCUCCCAUGCACGUGCAACAGAAACCACGACAAUACACUCCAAUAAACACAGAUAUAGUAGAACAGUAGUCAUAGUGUAGCCCUGUCCAGUAAAGACACUCAAGUGGUUGUUAAAAUCUUUACAGCACAGUACACACACACACACCUGUACAACUGCCAAUGUACAUUGCAUUCUCAUACAGUGCAGUACAGGCAAUCACAGUACUUCACUGUAUCUUUAGACAUUGGAUCAGAUCAGCAGCAUGUAGUACUUUCUAACAUGAUCAUCAGGAUUACCUAUCACUUCACCUUUAUUGCACAACAUUUUUUUUACCAACAUACAGAGUGAUGUGGUUUGACCUAUGCUGUGUUUCAGCGUGUGUACAUGUAUGACCUUUGAACCAUAACUUCUUUACUGACUGAUAGAUCAAAGAUAAAUGGCCUGGCCAGAAGUUCAUAUUUUGAUGAGGUCCAAAUGCAGUGACUGUGUUCAUGUUCACCACAGCAGGAACAUUACUUCCAACGUACCCCACUAGCGCCCUCUGGUGGAGUGAGUCCCACUCUGCUUGUGUUUCUCCAGUGGCUGUGUUGGGCCUCAAGCAGUUUGGCGCCAUUGCAGUAAUCACAUACAAGGGCAGAGAGUGGAACCGAAUGGCUCAGAUAUGCAAAAGAGGAGGUUUAGCUUUGCUUUCUGAGUCAGGGAGAGUGAAAUUCUGCAAGUUAAAAUGGUGUCUUCAAAGGCGCUAGUGGAAACCUGAAUACUGAAUUCCAGCAAUUUCAAAGAUUCAGCUAAAAGGAAAAUAUUUUAACUUUGAAAUAAUUAAAAUUAUGUUACAACCCAAUGCUGCAACUAUGUUCAUUGUUUAAUUGCAUUAUGAUAUCAAUCUGUAUAUAUACUGUACAUAUAAAUAUGUAUAAAUAUUAUAUAGGUUCAUUAUUUUAUUUCAUUAUCCACCAGAAGACUGUAAUAAUAUAGUAGUAUUAGAAUGUAUAAUCAGAGACACAGACUGAUUCCUGCUGGAAGGGAAAUACCUAGUGUUAUGAUUAUCAAUACAAAAUGGUUGCACGUGUGAAUGUGUGUGUUUGUGUGUGCAUGUGUGUGUAUGCAAAGGUUUGGAAGAAACCAUUUUUGUAAUCAAUCCAUUUCAAUUGGCACUGUAAAUGGUAAUCCAAUCUGGUCAUUAUCACAGUGCAUAUGAUUUACAGACGUGACAGUGACUGGAAUGUGGGCAAAGAUGAUGGCGUUUAGGGUAAACUGAAUUCAUUCUCCUCUCCUUUUAUCUUCAAUUUAUCUUAUUUGUCACCAACUUUAUUCUUUUCUUUCUCCUCACAUUAUCCAGGUUUUUUUCCAAUUCCUUUUCAGUUGUGCUUCUGUUCGUCAUUACCUUGGCCCUCAUCCAACUCCUUCCAUCUUCUGUUCUCCCCAGUUCUUUUGGUCUCUUCUCUGUCUCCCUCUCAGUGAGCAUCAGAAUAAAACUGUGCCUAUCUCAAUGUUCUGUUAUUAUUUGUUAUUUUCAUCCGCACAUGUUUUUUGCCCAACAGUGCACUGAUACGCCAGAGGGAUUGCUAGAACCUACAGUACAUACAUUUAUUCUGAUUAAUGUGACUAUGGUCAACAGUGGUACCUAUACUUGAGGACUGUGAUGACAGCUGUCUUCAGAUACUCAAUAAAACUGGGGAGGGGAGGAACACUG